AUGGAGCAACAGUCGCCGGACGUCGGCAUCAAAAUCUACACGCCCACGAAAACGCCGCCUCCGGAGGAUGAUGCCAAUGCCACCCCCCUGCCCGUGACACCCCCCGCGAAAGGCCGCGGUGGCGACGAGGCUGCUCCCGCCGCCGGUGGACGCAAGAGGAAGGCUGUGGCGAAGGGGGUGCAGAAGACGCUGUCGAAGACCUCGAUGCUCGCCAACUUCCUCCCCACGGGGACCCUCCUGACAUUCGAGAUGCUCCUCCCGUCGGCGUACGGGACCGGCGAGUGCUCGGAGGUGAACAGGUCAAUGAUCCACGCGCUCCUCGGCCUCUGCAGCCUCUCCUGCUUCUUCUUCCACUUCACGGACAGCUUCAAGACGCCCGACGGCAAGGUCUACUAUGGGUUCGUCACACCGCGGGGCCUGUCGCUGUUCAAGACGGGCCCUGACGUGGAGAUCCCCCAGGACGAACGGUACCAGGUGAGGUUCUCCGACCUGGUACACGCGGUGAUGUCGGUGAUGGUGUUUGCAGCGAUCGCACUGUCGGACUACCGGGUGACGAACUGCCUCUUCCCAGGGCACGAGAAGGAGAUGGACCAGGUGAUGGAGGGCUUUCCGGUGAUGGUGGGAGUCGUGUGCAGCGGCCUCUUCUUGGUCUUCCCCAAAACCAGAUAUGGCAUAGGGUGCAUGGCCACUUGAUCAUUCACUACGUAGUUUCUAUUAUAUAUGUGUGUCGUCUGUCCGAACCGUCGCCUGUAGUUGAAAUUUGUUCA